CUCAAAAGCAUUAUAUUAUUAUUUAUUAUCAUCAUCUUCAUCAGGUCAGAGUCUGACCUGGUUGAAAAAGAAAACAGGGGAUCGGAGAAACAGAGAAAGAAAGAAAAUACUCCGGUAGAAAUGAGUUCUUCCGGCGGGAGUUUGAACGGUUGGGGCGGCGUGGAUUCCGGCCACCACCACAUCCACCACCAUCAGAACACAUAUUCUUCUUCCCCGUUCACUUGGGGAGGUUUUGAUCAUCAUCACAGUGAUGGAAUAAUAAUCCCAAAGUUGAGCGUCCGGUCGUCGCCGGCGCCGGCGGCCGCUUCUAUGACGUUGUCGUUGCCUUCUCCGGCAUCUCCGUCGUCGUUCCUUACUUUUCCUCCGCUCUUCAGCCCUUCCCUCUUGCUGGACUCUCCCCACUUCUUUCCCGCCUCAAAUGUUCUUCCAUCUCCAACUACUGGUGCAUUUGGUGGAUUAAAUAAGUCAUCACCCUCCAAUGAGAAAGAAGAAGAAGAAGAAAGAAUUAGAAAGAGUAAUGAUUUCUCCUUCCAGAUUACCUCUUCAUGGGAAGACCAACAAAUGUCAAGGCAACAACCAAUCAUAGAAUCUGUAGACCUCUCCUCAACAAAGGCCCCAAAACCAAUGCAGCCUCAAGCUCGCAACAUGGUCCUCUCCUCCUUGCAGGAAAAUGCUGUGAGCCCGCUACAGAAACCCGUAACAGUUGUCCGUUACAAUCAACCGUCACAGAACACCCGAGCCCAGAAAGCCGAGGACGGAUAUAGAUGGAGAAAAUACGGACAGAAGCAAGUGAAAGGGAGCCAAAACCCGCGGAGUUACUACAAAUGCACGUACGCAAAUUGCCCUACGAAGAAGAAGGUGGAGAGGAACUCAGAGGGACACAUCACUGAGAUUGUCUACAAAGGUAGCCAUAAUCAUGCCAAGCCUCAGUCGACUAAACGGUUUUCUUCUUCGAAUGUUAAAUCCGAGAGCUUUGACGUUGACAUCGCGAACCAUCAGCCAAACGUGGCGUUGCUUGGGAGUACUCAUCCACGAGAUAAUGGCUUUAUCAUGCCUGAGAACUCUUCGGUUUCAUUUGGCGAUGAUGAUCUUGAUCAAGGCUCUGUAUCCAGAGAUGACGGUGAUAGUGAACCCGUAGCUAAGAGAUGGAAAGGAGAUAACGAUAACGAGGCAUUAUCAUCUGCGAGUAGAACAACAGUGCGAGAACCGCGAAUUGUAGUUCAAACAACAAGUGAGAUUGACAUUCUUGACGAUGGUUAUAGGUGGAAGAAAUACGGACAAAAAGUCGUGAAAGAAAAUCCCAAUCCUCGGAGCUACUACAAGUGCACAUACACAGGGUGCCAGGUGAGGAAGCACGUGGAGAGAGCCUGCCACGACCGCCGGGCCGUGAUAACGACAUACGAGGGAAAACACAACCACGAUGUCCCCGCCGGGCGCGGCGGCGAUGCCCAUGCCAUUAACAAACCUCAGACCAGGACUGUGUCUUUGGCACUGCGACCGCCGACGAUGCCGGCCGACAAUUCCGACCACUCAUUGAACAACCAAAACGCAUCACGUCAACAGCCGAUUACCUUGCAGAUGUUGCAGGGACCGGAUCUUGGGAGUGCGGAGAAUUCGGAGGGAUAUUAUAUGGAUGAACCUAAAGAUGAUGAUGACUUCUUCACCUCUUUCCUAAACUAAUACUCCCUCUCUGAAAAAUACUCUCUCUGUUCCUAAAUAAACUUCCCUUUUUGUUUUUUCUUUAUCCCCAAAUAAACUUCUCUUUUCCCUUAAAAAACCCCUUUUACCCCUUAUUUUUUCAUACCCUACCUAUCACAUCAUACCUUUUUACUAAUAAUCUACAUAUCACAUUUUACUUUUACACAUCACAUCAAGGGUAUUUUUGGAAAGUCAACACAAAAAUAUCUCUCCCUUAAAUCCUCAAAAAGUCAAAAAGGGAAGUUUAUUUAGGGACGGAGGGAGUAUGUAUUUACAUUUAUUCGAAUUAAAUUCACAUUUUUUAUAUUAAUUGAUUAUUUGACAAAAUCAUACUGUUUAUUUAUAUUACGAGGACUUAUUUUAUAGAUUUCCUGAUGUAAUUCCAAUUAUAUAAAUUGUACUAGUAUAU